AUGCAGGUUCCUUUCUGCCUCAAUUGUUCCAUCUUCCCUGGAGACAUGUCCCUCAGGGGUGCAAGGAGCCCGGUGCCCUGCAAUGGCAGUAGGGAGUGGGGGCACUUUGAACCUGAGGAUUUUGACCUUGAGGAUUUGAACCUGACUGAUGAGGAGCUGAGACUCAAGUAUCUGGGGCUCCAGAAGACGGAGCUGUUCCUACCCAUUUGUGUCACAUACCUGUUGAUCUUUGUGGUGGGCACUGUGGGCAACGGGCUAACCUGCCUGGUCAUCCUUCGCUACAAGGCCAUGCACACGCCCACCAACUACUACCUCUUCAGCCUCGCAGUAUCGGACCUGCUGGUGCUGCUCCUAGGCAUGCCCCUGGAGCUCUAUGAGAAGUGGCGUAACUACCCCUUCCUCCUGGGUGCUGGUGGCUGCUACUUCCGCACGCUGCUCUUUGAGACCGUCUGCCUGGCCUCUGUGCUCAAUGUCACCGCCCUGAGUGUGGAGCGCUACGUGGCCGUGGUGCACCCACUGCAGGCCAGGUCUGUGAUGACCCCAGCCCAUGUUCGCCGGGUGCUUGGGGCUAUCUGGAGCCUUGCCUUACUCUGCUCUCUGCCCAACACCAGCCUUCAUGGCAUCGAGCUGCUGGAUGUGCCCUGCCGGGGUAUAGUGCCUGACUCGGCCGAGUGCAAGGUGGUCCGCUCAAAGGCCUUCUACAACCUACUCAUGCAGGCCACAGCAUUGCUCUUCUUCUGCCUGCCCAUGGCCAUCAUCAGCGUGCUCUACCUGCUCAUUGGGCUGCGGCUGCGGAGUGAGAGGCUGCUGCUGCUCAGGCAGGGGCCCAAGAGCAGGGUCCAGCAACCACAGGAUAGGAGUCGGACACAGGUGACCAAGAUGCUGUUUGUGCUGGUCCUGGUGUUUGGCAUCUGCUGGGCCCCGUUCCAUAUCGAACGUCUCAUGUGGAGCUUCGUGUCCCCCUCAACCGAGUACCUGCUCGUGGCCUACCAGUACGUACACAUCAUCUCUGGCGUCUUCUUCUAUCUCGGCUCUGUUGCCAACCCCGUGCUCUACAGCCUCAUGUCCACCCGCUUCCAGGACACCUUCCGGGAAGCCCUGUGCUUGGGAACCCGGUGCCGUGGCCACAGACGACGUCACAGCUCCCACAGUCUCAGCAGGGUGACCACGGGCAGCACCCUGUGUGACAUGGGCUCCCUGGGGAGCAGGGCCCACCCUCUGGCUGAGAACUAUGGCCCAGAGGGACAGCAAGAGACUGACCCCUCCCUCCAUAGAGGAGACUCACAGCAGCUCCACCUGGAGGCACCAGAGGGCCACUUGUAG